AUGGCGGACAAAAGCGCAUUUGUGCCGGUUGAAGCAACAGGUGGUCUGGGCAGUCGACCCGCUGAGCUUGACAUUGAUAUCGACGACGAUUAUUUUGGCGGAGGUAAAAAAAAGCACGAGGAACAGGCGCCGCCACCACCGCCACCACCGCCACCACCACCGCCGCCACCACCUCCGCCACCACCUCCACCACCACCUCCGCCACCGCCCAAAAAGUCUUCCAAAAAGGUAUACGUCAUCUGUGAUAGUACCACAUAUAGCACCAACACUUAUAAAACAUGA